AUGUCGACUAAACUGCAGGUCUCGAAGUCUGGGAAGAAAAACUCUGCCAAAGGUGUCUCGGCACGAUCUCCCAGCAAGGUCAAGCAGACUACGAAGAAAAAGGGAACUGUCGGUUCGCCGAAAUCCAGGUCAUCUAGCGGUGAGGGCCCACCUGGGGGCGAUAUUCGCAAGUCCAACCGCCCUCGAAAGGCGAGAGUGUGGUACGCAGAAGGUGCGGAUGCUACCGAAGAAGACGCUGAACCUGUUACAGCUGCGCGGAACAAACGACAGGGCGACGAUUUGGACGAGGCAGAGGCCAACGGCAAGUCGGGAGACAAGGCCGAGGCUGAGGACGAGGCUGAGGCCGAGGCUGAGGAUGAGGCUGAGGAUGAGGCUGAGCACGAGGCUGAGCACGAGGCUGAGCACGAGGCUCCACACGAGGCGGAGGAGGAUGCGGAGGAAGAUGAGGAGGAAAAGGCGGAGGAAGAGGCGGAGGAAGAGGCGGAGGAAGAGGAAGAUGGGGAGGCGGAGGAUGAAGAGGGUGGGGAGUCCGGCAAUGAGUUGGAAGAUGAGUCCGGGGACGAGCCGUCGGACGAGGAGGGUGGAGAGUCGGACGAUGAGCAGGGGGAUGAGGAGGAGGCAGUGGAGAGGAAUGAGAAAAACGGUACGGCGGAAGUGCCUGCCUGCGCGGAUGCUCAUAAGCCUGAGGUCACGAAAAAAACAAGCUUUGACGAGAUGCUGGAAGAGCAGGAUGACAGUGAAGGUGAUGCCGUGGAGGAUGAGGCUGUGGCAGAGGAACGAGCUUUGCUGCUUGGGAAGCUGAAGGCACUUGAUGAGAUCCAGGAACCCGUUGUGAGCUCGAAGCUCGCUGGAAAGGGUGCGAAAGCACAGUCGCGUUCAGGACCCUCUAAGGUUCCGGCUAAGCCACCUCCAGGGAGACAUGCUGUCGCCAUGGCUAAGGGUAAGGAGAAAGUGGUGGAGAAAGUGGUGGCGAAAGAGAGUAGCCCUGGUGGAAAGACGAAACGGGAGGAGUCCGCCUUGGUGGUUGGAGGUGCAUCAAAAAAGCGAAACACCGAUGAAGUUGCGGGCAAAACGAAGGCAACUCCAAAAGCAGCAGGCGUUGGGGCAAGAGGGGUAAAGGCUAAAGCGGGCGGUGGGGCUAAAGUGACCGCUAAGAAGGGCAACACCAAAACCGAUGGCACUGUCCCAUCUUUUCUCUGUAGUCCCAUCCCUGUUGUCCCUAUCCUUGCCGUACCCUAUCCUCCCAUCCCUGCAGUCCCAUCCCUACCGUCUAAGGGAGUGAGGCAAUACCUAAACCCUGACUCCCUUCUGCCUGCCUGCCCCUCUCCCCUCAACCCGAAACCCCACUUGCUUCCCUGUCCAGGUCUAAGGGGGUCUAGUGAGGUGACGAUUUACCUAAACCCUGACUCCCCUCUGCCUGCCUGCCCCUCUCCCUUCAACCUUAAACCCACCUGCUUCCCCAUCCAGCAUCCAGGUCUCAGGGGGUCUAGUGAGGUGACGAUUUACCUAAACCUUGACUCCCCUCUGCCUGCCUGCCCCUCUCCCUUCAACCUUAAACCCACCUGCUUCCCCAUCCAGUUCGAGUGGCCAAUCCUUAACAAUGCGCCCGAUGGGAAGUUGAGCGGCAAGUGGGAGUACAAUCGGAUCCAGUACGAGGAGAUGUGCACCCGUGUGAAGCAGGAGGUCGAGAUCGCUGUCAUGGACCAUGGUGUCCCAUACGCCAGCAACACGAACACAUUCAACUUCCCCAACGGCGUCUACAUCGACGCGUCUGACAUGGAGACCCUUGUCAGCAGGGUGCAGAUAACUUUGUUGCAUCACUCACCAUCUCUUCCGUCCCCUUCCCCUUCCUCCCAUCUCUUCCGUCCCCUUCCCCUUCCUCCCAUCUCUUCCGUCCCCUUCCUCCCGUCUCUACUGUCCCCUUCCUUCCGUCCCCCAUGCCUCUUUGCGCAGGCAGCACGACCUGCACCAGCCCGGGUUGUCACCCCCAACCCGUGA